UUCACUCUCUCUCUCUCCACACACACACACGCUCCCUCACUUUUCGUGGGAGAAAGUUGGAAGGGGGAGAGCGAAAGAGAGAGAAAGGGAGAGAGAGUAAUUUCAAGUCUCUCUCUGCUCUCUCCACUUUCGGCACUCAUAUCAACUCUGCUGACUCAAUGGGGCUUUAGCAUUAGAGAAUCAAGUAAAAAACAAAAUAUUUAUUUCCCGAAUCCCUAUUUCUAUUUAAGUUUUUGUACAUAGGAUAGGUAGAUAGGUAACUUAUUCAAGACAAGUACAAGCAAUCCGUCAGAAACCCUUCACUAUGGAUAUUGGAGAAUGCCUGUUUCGGAAGAAGCGGAGACCGUGGCGCAUGGAUCUCUCGUUCGCCUUGGUGACUCUGGCUCUCGCCCUGUUCCAAACGCCUUUGGCACAAGCAGAUCCAGUGGAUGUGUUGCGGGUGCUGCAGCUGCCCUCUCUCCCUGAGGGGGUGCAGAAGGUUCCAGGCUUCUGCACGUCCCGUCGCGCUGGCACCGCUGACCAUGCCUACCGCAUCAACAAGAAGGCCCAGAUCUCCGUCCCCACCAGCCAGCUCUUCUCAGGUCGUUUCCCAGAGAACUUCUCCAUCAUGACCCUGGUGAAGGCCAAGGCCGGCCUGCAGGCCUUCCUGCUGUCCAUCUACAGCGAGCAGGGCGUGCAGCAGCUGGGCGUUGAGCUGGGGCGCUCGCCCGUCUUCCUGUACGAAGACCAGCACCGCAAGCCUGCCCCAGAGGACUACCCGCUCUUCCGGGGUGUCAACUUGGCCGACGGCAAGUGGCACCGCAUUGCCAUCUCCGUGCAGAAGAAGAACGUCACCCUGCUCUUGGACUGUAAGAAGCGCAUGACCAAGUCCCUGCCCCGUAGCAACAAUCCCACGAUUGACACCAAGGGCAUCACCGUGUUCGGUUCUCGCCUGAUGGAUGAGGUCUUCCAGGGUGAUAUUCAGCAGCUGCUGAUUGCAUCCAACCCUCAGGCUGCUUAUGACUUCUGCGAGCACUACAGCCCUGACUGUGACUCCCCUCUGCCCAGGAUUCAGUCCCAGGACCCCAACCCUCCCGGUAGCAAGGCAAGUAAUGGUGAGGCCAGCAAACCCAAACCUGCUCCAGCUAAAGCUAAGCCUGCCCUCGGCAAGCCUGCCCCAUCAAAGCCUGCCGCAGACAAGGCCAAGCCAGUUGUGACUAAAACAGCUAAAGUACCUGCAGCCCAGGUCAAACCUACCAAACAAGCCAAAGUAGAGGCAGCUCCUGCUGCAGCUAAACCAACCAAGGCCAAGCCCACCGCCAUUGAUAUCCUCCUGUCAAAAAUCAAACCAACAGCAGCAGCUCCCAAAAAUGGAGCUGAGAAGAAAGCCAAUGGUAACGGCAAAGGGGCAGAGGAGAAAAAAGUCAAUGGGGAGGUGAAAGUAAAUGGCAACGGCAAAAAUGGUGAAACCAAAGUUAAUGGCAACGGUAAGGGAUCUGAGGAGAAGAAAGCCAAUGCCAAUGGCAAAGGGAAAACAACCGACGCUCCCGCCGCUGUUGGGAAAAAAGAAAAUGGCAAAACCAAAGUGGCUGAAGAAAAGGUUACAGUUGUUGAGGAGAAAGUAGUGACUGUUGUUGAGAAAAAAGCCAAUGGCAAAGCCAACGGCAAUGGCAAUGGUAAUGGUAAACCUGCCACUGAUAAAAAUGGGGCUGACAAGAAAAUCAAUGGCAAUGGGGCAAAACCAGCUAAAGCUGAAGUGAAAGUAGAGACCACAGCUGUAAAGAAAGUUGUAAAAGCUGAAGCUGCCAAAGCUGCUGUAACCGAAGUUGUCAAAGAGGCAAAAACCAAGGUCACUAAAGUGGAAAAGAAAAUAGAAAAGACUGAUGCAAAAGCCAAAGUGGUAAAAACUGAGAAGAAGGAGGUCAAAGUUGCACCAGCAAAGGCAGAGGUUGUGAAAACUGAAACUGUAAAAGUGGUUGCUCCCAAACCAGAGAUCGCCAAAACGGAGACUGUCAAGGUGGUAGCUGUCAAACCAGAGGUCACCAAAACAGAAACAGUAAAAGUUGUAGCUGCCAAGCCAGAGGUCACCAAAACUGUGAAAGUGGUAGCUGGCAAACCAGUGGUCACCAAAACGGAAACUGUGACUGUCUUAGUCACCACACCAGAGGUCAUCAAAACAGAAACUGUAAAAGUUGUAGCUGCCAAGCCAGAAGUCACCAAAACAGAAACAGUGAAAGUGGUUGCCGCCAAACCAGAGGUCACCAAAACAGAAACUGUAAAAGUGGUAGCCACCAAGCCAGAAGUCACCAAAAAGGAAACGGUAAAAGUGGUAGCCACCAAACCAGAAGUCACCAAAAAGGAAACCGUGAAAGUUAAAACUGAGAAAACUGAAGUUAAACCUGCCAAAGCAGAGGUUGUUAAAACUGAGAUCAAGGUCACAGCAGCUAAACCAGUCACCAAAACCGAAACAGUUAAAGUUGUUGCAGCGGUAGCCACCAAAUCCGAAGAAACCAAAGAGGUCAAGGUCACUGCUGUAAAACCAGAGGUCACUAAAACAGAAACUGUUAAGGUCAAGACUGUUAAAACUGAGGUGAAGGCCCCUGUUAAAGCAGAGGUAAUCAAAACAGAGAAAGUCGAAGUUGUUGCUGCCAAGCCAGAAGUCACCAAAACUGAGGUGGUCAAAGUCAAAACAGAAGUCAAAGUUCCAGCUACAAAACCACCACCUCCAAAACCAGAGGUUGUUGUAACUGAAACUGUUAAGAUUGUUGAGGAACGUCCAAAACCUCCCUUUAAACCACCACCUAAGAAAGAGGCACCAGCUCCUGUGCCCUUACCACUUCCUCCUCUCCCCAAGCCAGAGAAGGCCAAGGUUGAGGUCAAUAACGUCAAAUCCACCUCCAAAAAUUUCCCUCCCUUCGACAAGUCUGUGGUCAGCGGCACCACCCUUCCAGUGCCAGAAAAACCGAAGAAACCGACCAACGGUUAUCAACAGGACAUAGAUCCUGCCUACUCAGAGAGUGGUCCCACCCCCACUGAGACGGAUUAUUAUUACACCUUAGAGGAGGAAGCAGCCCCACAACCAGAUGGUGAGGUGAUUGGACAUGAUGCAACUCCUGGCCAGGUGGAGGAACCAGUGGUGGAGGAGGUAGACUUGACCAAGGCAGGUGGCGAGGGGGCGUCUCAGUCUCCCGACGAGACUUUCACAGAGGAGUAUGUGACUGGUGAUUUUGGCAUGAAGGAAUACGACUAUUCCUACAAGGACUACAACGAGCCUAUGCCCGAGGGAGAGACCGACGCUGGCCAGAUGGGCCCUGCUCUGUCCGCAGUGACGGACGAGGGAGGCGCCGCCGUGAGUGCCCAGAAGGGAGAGAAGGGAGAGCCUGCUGUCCUUGAGCCUGGCAUGUUGAUUGAAGGACCCCCAGGACCUGAAGGACCAGCAGGUCUCCCUGGUCCUGCCGGCCCCUCUGGACCGCCUGGCUCUGUUGGUGAUCCUGGGGAGAGGGGUCCCCCUGGCAAAGCUGGACUGGCUGGUGCUGAUGGAGUUCCUGGACCCCCUGGCACCUCUGUCAUGCUGCCCUUCCGCUUUGGAAACAGCGCUGGAGAGAAAGGCCCAGUCGCUUCAGCACAAGAGGCCCAGGCCCAGGCUAUCCUGUCUCAGGCUCGGCUUGCUAUGAAAGGACCACCUGGCGCAAUGGGCUACACUGGCCGUACCGGACCUGUGGGAACUCCUGGUAGCCCUGGCCUGAAGGGAGAGAGUGGAGACCCUGGUCCUCAGGGUCCUAGAGGACCUCAGGGAUUGUCUGGGCCACCUGGCAAAUCUGGACGCAGGGGCCGUGCUGGAGCUGAUGGAGCCCGCGGUAUGCCAGGAGAGUCUGGUGUUAAGGGUGACCGUGGCUUUGAUGGGCUUCCUGGGUUGCCAGGAGACAAAGGAACGCGGGGUAACACAGGUGGAAUGGGAGUCCCAGGAUCUCCUGGCGAGGAUGGAGAGAGGGGAGAUGACGGAGAUGUCGGACCCAGAGGUCUUCCAGGUGAACCAGGACCCCGUGGUCUGCUGGGUCCCAAAGGUCCCACUGGUCUCCCUGGACCUCCUGGUGUGCGUGGAAAUGAUGGUCCUCAUGGUCCUAAAGGAAACUUGGGACCCCAGGGAGAGCCCGGCCCACCUGGGCAGCAGGGUCAACCAGGAACUCAGGGAAUGUCAGGACCUCAGGGAGCUAACGGACCGCCAGGCGAGAAGGGACCAAGAGGAAAGCCCGGUCUGCCAGGCAUGCCAGGAGCCGAUGGCCCCCCAGGUCACCCAGGAAAGGAGGGACCUGGUGGCACCAAAGGAAACCAGGGACCCAGUGGCCCUCAGGGUCCUAUUGGCUAUCCUGGCCCUCGUGGAGUUAAGGGCGAGCAAGGUAUCCGAGGACUGAAGGGGCACAAGGGGGAGAAGGGUGAAGAUGGAUUCCCUGGAAUCAAAGGAGACUUUGGAGCAAAGGGAGAGAGAGGAGAGUUGGGAGUUCCUGGCCCCAGGGGAGAGGAUGGUGCAGAGGGGCCAAAAGGUCGUGUUGGACCCCCUGGUGAGAUCGGCCCUCUUGGUCUUAUUGGAGAGAAGGGUAAACUUGGUGUUCCUGGUCUGCCUGGAUAUCCUGGAAGACAAGGAAUCAAGGGAUCUCUUGGUUUCCCAGGAUUCCCUGGUGCUAACGGCGAGAAAGGCGCAAGGGGUAUUAUUGGAAAGUCCGGUCCAAGAGGACAGAGAGGACCAACUGGACCCAGGGGUCAGAGAGGUCCUCGUGGUUCCACCGGAAAGCUUGGAGCCAAGGGUUCAUCAGGAAGCGAUGGCCCCUCCGGUCCACCAGGAGAGAGGGGACUGCCCGGGCCUCAAGGAGCAAACGGAUUCCCUGGGCCAAAGGGACCUCCCGGACCACCAGGGAAAGAUGGACUGCCCGGACACCCUGGACAGAGAGGCGAAGUCGGAUUCCAAGGCAAGACUGGCCCUCCUGGAGGACCAGGAGUUGUUGGACCUCAGGGUCCUGCAGGCGAGACCGGCCCAAUGGGUGAGCGUGGACAUUCUGGCCCCCCUGGACCACCAGGUGAGCAGGGCUUGGCUGGACCUUCUGGAAAGGAAGGAACCAAGGGUGACCCUGGUCCCCCUGGUGGCCCCGGAAAAGAUGGACCCCCUGGUCUGAGAGGAUUCCCCGGAGAGAGAGGACUACCAGGAACCCCGGGCGGCCCUGGACUCAAAGGAAGUGAAGGCCCAGCUGGUCCUCCUGGCCCAGCCGGAUCUUCAGGUGAGAGGGGCUCAGCUGGCGGAGCAGGCCCCAUCGGACCCCCAGGAAGACCAGGACCUCAGGGACCACCUGGAGCUGCAGGAGAGAAGGGAGUGCCUGGAGAGAAAGGACCUAUGGGCCCAGCUGGUCGUGACGGACUCCAAGGCCCAGUGGGUCUCCCUGGCCCUGCAGGACCACCAGGAGUUCCCGGAGAGGACGGAGACAAGGGUGAGGUUGGUGAGCACGGCCAGAAGGGAGCUAAAGGAGGAAAGGGAGAGCAGGGUCCUCCUGGUCCACCAGGAUCAAUGGGUCCAGUUGGCCAGCCUGGUGCUGCUGGAGCUGAUGGUGAGACCGGUGCCAGAGGUCAGCAGGGUAUCUUUGGAGCCAAGGGAGAUGAAGGAACAAGAGGAUUCCCAGGACCUCCAGGUCCUAUUGGUCUGCAGGGAUUGCCUGGCCCAUCUGGAGAGAAGGGAGAGACUGGAGAUGGUGGACCAAUGGGACCUCCUGGUCCUCCAGGCCCACGUGGCCCAGCUGGUCCCAACGGUGCCGAUGGUCCUCAAGGUCCUCCUGGAGGUAUUGGCAACCCAGGUCCCGCAGGAGAGAAGGGAGAGCCUGGUGAGUCUGGUCCACCUGGAAUUGGCGGAGAGCCUGGAAAGAAGGGUCCUCGUGGAGAGCGCGGUGAGAAGGGAGAGUCUGGACAACCCGGAGUUGCUGGACCAGGAGGCGGAAGAGGACCUACCGGAGAUGACGGACCCAAAGGAAACCCUGGCCCUGUUGGUUUCCCUGGUGAUCCUGGCCCCCCUGGUGAGGUUGGCCCAAGAGGAGCUGAUGGAGCCAAGGGAGAGAGAGGAGAGGACGGUGAACAAGGAGAAGCUGGCUCUCCAGGACCUUCUGGUGAGAACGGACCACCUGGGCCUCCCGGAAAGAGGGGUCCUGCCGGCACAAGAGGACCAGAGGGACGUCAGGGAGAGAAGGGCGCCAAGGGAGAUUCAGGUGCUACUGGACCUCCAGGAAAGACCGGCCCAGUCGGAGCUCAGGGCAACCCAGGAAAACCAGGAACUGAGGGUCUGAGAGGACUUCCUGGAUCAGUGGGUGAACAAGGUUCUCCAGGCCCUGCUGGCCAGCAAGGACCUCCUGGACCUCUUGGUCCUCCAGGUUUGCCUGGUCUUCACGGAGACCCUGGUGCCAAGGGAGAGAAGGGACACCCAGGUAUGAUCGGUCUGAUUGGACCUCCCGGUGAACAGGGAGAGAAGGGUGACCGAGGACUUUCAGGACCCCAGGGAACAAGUGGACCCAAAGGAGAGACUGGUAUGCCUGGUGGUACUGGACCUCUCGGCCCUGCUGGUCCUGCUGGUCUGCCUGGCCCCAGAGGUGUCAAGGGUGCUAAAGGUGCUUCAGGUGGUGCUGGCCCCAAGGGAGAGAAGGGUGUAUCAGGACCUCCAGGACCCCCUGGACCUCCAGGUGAUGUCAUCCAGCCACUGCCCAUCCAGAUCCACAAGAAGUCCAAGCGUUCCAUCGAUGCCAGCAAGAUGGUGGAGACUGAUGACACACCAGCUGAUUCCGCCGGUGCCGCCAACGAGGGCAUGGAGGAGAUCUACGGCUCCCUCAACUCCCUGCGCCAGGAGAUCGAGGCCAUACGCUUCCCUCUUGGCACCCAGGAGAGCCCAGCCCGUACCUGCCAGGACCUCAUGCUCAGCCAGCCAGAUUACAAAGACGGAGAGUACUGGAUUGACCCCAACCAGGGAUGCCAUCGCGAUUCCUUCAAGGUUUACUGCAAUUUCACAGCUGGUGGAGAGACAUGUCUCUACCCAAGCAAGGCCAUGGAAAAUGUGAAAUUGAACUCUUGGGCCAAGGAGACUCCUGGGUCCUGGUACAGUAAAUUUUCAAAGGGCAGCAAGUUCACAUACGUGGACUCUGUUGGCGAGCCAGUGGGCGUAGUCCAGCUGGGCUUCCUGCGGCUAUUGAGUGUCCAGGCCCGCCAGAACCUUACCUACCACUGCCACCGCUCCGUGGCCUGGGCCGACCGCACUACCAAGGACAAGGACCAGUAUCAGCGGGCACUGCGUCUCCAGGGCGCCAACGAAGAGGAGCUCGCCUACGAGACCAGCCCCUACAUCAAGGCUCUCGAGGACGGCUGCUCGUAUCGUAAGGGUUACGACAGGACGGUGCUGGAGGUCAACACGCCUCAGGUGGAGCAGCUCCCUCUGCUGGACAUGAAGAUCUCAGACUUUGGGGAGAAUAACCAGAAAUUUGGCUUUGAAGUGGGACCUGUCUGCUUCCUGGGUUAAAACACAUGCAGAGAGAGAGGGGAACACAAGCAUCGACACACUCGAAGCACACAGACAUACACUUACACUGAUGCACUCACUCACCUACACGUACAUGGACAUGCACUUAUACAACACAUAUUGAUACAACCACAUAGAUGUGCCAAUAUGAAUGCUCAGUGUUUUAUUAUUUUUUUAAGUUAAAAAUGUGGAAUACACACACUCAUACACUUGCACAGGCAUGCACAUACACACGCCCACAAAAGCACACACACACAAAUACACAAGAUCUGUUGUUAAACAGACCUGCACUCACUUAAGAACAUGCCCAGGGAAAACGACUCCCAAAGACCAACGGACAAGAAGAGAAGAGUAGAACACGCCCACACUCUCGCAGGGAGGAGAGCCAAGAUAGAACUGUGAGAGGAGAAAAGUGUUCUGGCCCGACUAGAACUGUGUUCUUUUGUAAUGAGUGGCUGAACCUAAAGGGUCAGCGACAAAUCCAUUUCCGCCCGUCCCCAAGCCCCCCCUCCCCACCCCGCCGCCCCUCCCCAGGUUUCGGAGAUCCCCCCCCCUCUCGCUCCUGUCCCCUCCCCGCUGAUUUUUCUUUUCGAGGCGUCUCACCCUCUCUACCUCUUUGCUUUGUCCCUCAGCACCCAGCCUCAUAGAAAAGGCCCAGCCCUCCCUGUGCCUCACGUCCUGUGUCUUGAAACGCAAAAA